CCACCCUACUUAAACGUCAACUUCAUUUCCGCCUGACACAUUCACAUUCUUUUUCCGGCGAGAUCCUCAGGUGGACGAGUCGUAGUUUUUAUAAUUUUAGCCGUAAAAUUUUCUCCAUCUUCCCGCAAUGAAAAUCUGGAAGGAUAUCUUUACCGGUGACGAGAUGUUCUCGGACACCUACAAGGUGAAGCUGGUGGACGAGGUCAUGUACGAGGUGUACGGCAAGUUCGAGUCCCGCACCAUUGGCGAUGUCCAGCUGGACGGUGCCAACCCGUCAGCGGAGGAGGCCGAUGAGGGCACCGAUGCCGCCACCGAGUCCGGCGUGGACAUUGUGCUGAACCACCGGCUGUGCGAGACCGGCUUCGCCGACAAGAAACAGUUCACCACCUACCUGAAGGACUACAUGAAGAAGCUGGUCACCAAGCUCGAAGAGAAGGACCCCAGCCAGGUCGAGGUGUUCAAGACCAACAUCAACAAGGUGAUGAAGGAUCUGCUGACGCGCUUCAAGGACCUGCAGUUCUUCACCGGCGAGUCCAUGGACUGCGAGGGUCUGAUCGCGAUGCUCGAGUACCGCGACGUUGACGGCGUCAGCACGCCCAUCCUGCUCUGCUUCAAGCACGGUCUCGAGGAGGAGAAGUUCUAGAGACUCACAACAACCACAACCAAGCUCUUACUAUUUUUUUUUUUCUCUUUCCAAAUCUUUUCUGCGACUAGUUUCUUUUUUGUUGUGUUUCGUUCACACGAUGUGCAUCAGGAUCGCGAAGUAACAGACACGGAACGUUUUCCAACACAAUUCCUACGAGCCUUAUCUCUUAACAAAAUAUUUUUUUAUAUUUAUUUACGGCAAAUCUAGACGAAACUUUUUUAAGACACAAAAUCUAAUGAUUGCAAACUUGAUUAAAUAGUGUUAAAUACAAAUGGCAGGGCUUUAAUUCAAACGGACGACAAAACCAAUAAUCACAAUCUUCAUGUUGACGAAAAGUAAGGUGACGAUCAUUAGAGCAUUUCCAGUAGAGCAAAGACUUGUGCCCUCUGUGCCCCCCUCUUUCCCCCCUUUCGAGAAAAUCGUCGCAGGUGCCACACCCUAAGCUUCGACCUUCCACACACACACACACGAAAGUGUUCUCGCAUUUAUCGCCAGACAGGGAAAAGAAUCAGCUCACCAGAGGAGAACAACGCGGCUUAGAGUUGGCACGGUGUUUUGUAUUUUUUCGUUUUUUUUCAAACCAUCCAAAAUACUCGUGCUUUGUUUGAGAAAAGGAAAAAACAAAAAAGAAAGUGGCGACGCGGUGGCUUUUGAAGCAAAACGCUUUAGGUUAGAACGGGGCUAGAUCAUCACACUCUCUUGAGGUGGUGGCGCAGUCCAGCUUUUUUUUUUUAGUUUGGUGGAAAGCACUGUUAGGAAGGUGGAGAAAAGUAGUUUUUUCCUUCUCCUAAUUUGUUGGAACGAAUAUCUCAGAAACAACAGAACACUACAACACACAUCAAUUAGGACAGGAUAACGAAUGUCAAAGUGGAGGAAAAAACAAAAAUAAAUGCAUCGCGCGGGGCAAACUCCAGCUCGGUUCCGCGGAUGCGGAAUGGCAAAAAA